GGCACAUCCCGAUUUUACACCUAGGGUUAUCUAAACGGCGUCUUCUUAUCCUGAAAAGAAGAAAGUCUAAUGUUCAUGUGACCACUACGUUGCACUCCGAUGUACACAAGAAACAGAUCAGUGGCACAGGAGAGUGUGAUAGAAAGACGACAGCCUUGUAUUUAUACCUUCCAGUGUACUCGGAGCAAAAGCACUAAGACUUGGGAAACCUCUGCGUUUUGAAUACAUGCAUUCGAAAAACCAAUCAGAGGUUAUAACAGUUCUAUUUAUGACUUCUUUGAAGCUGAUCUAUCAGCCUUUUUGAAAAAACCAAGUGAAGGAAGUGACAUCACCAUCCUAACUUUUUAAAAAAAAUUUCGUUUUGUUUUAUAAUAAAUAUAUAAUAUAUAGAUCUAUAUACUUUAGUUCUUAUUCACUCCUUGGUGCUGAGAUUCCAAUGAUGACGCCAUCAGUUUGUGCUGUGUCCCAAACCUUAGUCGUCCGUGUGUUUCUGCUUCCGGUUGUGUGGACUGCUCUGGGAUUUCGACUGCUGGAUACUGCUUUAGCUGCUAGCAACUACAGCACCGGAACAAAUGCCACAGGAGUCGCUGUCAGGAACGUCACUGUUGCGCCGGCGCCCGGUGGCCAGGUCACCUGUAAUGACAUCACAGUGGAGGCCGUCGUCUUUGAGCCCAACGGCUUCCACCAAAGGACUACAUUCGGGAGGAGUCGACAGUCGGAACAGAGGACGUGGUUCUGGUGUCUGCAAACCCCGCCCCCGACACGCGGAGGAGGAAGUCCGGAGACCAGGGGGCGGAGCCUGAGGUCCACUACACGGGAUCUGACAGCCAGAGGGGCGACUCAGAGGGCGUGACCAAAGGUCAUAAAAAGCUGGAGAGGCUAGUGAAGCCUUCGAAACAUUUGCCAGCUGACGUAGAGAUCCCUCAAGCAGCCACACCCCUCAUAGACGAGCAGGAGGAUUCGAACGACCACCCGUACACCGACGUGGGCGAGCAGGGCACCACCACCACCAGCGGCACACCAUCCAACAACAACCUGCCGCCAGAGGAGAACGGGGAGGGGGAGGGCAAGCUGUACACAAACUUCGGGGAGACCUCCAAGCUAGAACAGCCGUACGAUAUGCUCAACGUGAUCCCUGAGGAAGUGGAGUACACCAACACAAUGUUCAGCACCUACCAGCCGCUCACGCCUGUGAAAAAAAAGGCGCCGAAAUAGGAGAAAUUGGAGGGGAAAUAGGAGAGGGUGAAUAAAAUACGUAGAAGUAGCAGGAGAAAAAGAAAGAGGGAGAAGGAGUACACCAACACAAUGUUCAGCACCUACCAGCCGCUCACGCCUGUGAAAAAAAAGGCGCCGAAAUAGGA